ACCAUCUGGCAUCUCUGCCAGAAGAAUCACAUUUUGGCGCUGCCACCGUGACUUUGACAGUUUGAAGUAUUCCAGCGCAUGCAAUUGCAGAACAAAAACAACGAAAUUUGUUAAUUGCAGAACAAAAACAACAAAAUUUGUUAAUUGCAGAACAAAAACAACAAAAUUUGUUAAUUGCAGAACAAAAACAACAACAUUUUGUCAAUAGUGCAGGACCGUGUUUAUGGUGGCUUGGCAACUCUUUUUUCCUCCGGCACCAGUAUUUUAUUUUUCGACGGACUGAACGCAUGCGCGCAUGCGGACAUUUACAUUUUUCCAGGAAAUUCAGCAGUUAAGCAGAAAUGCCGAAAGAAAACAAAUUGAAGGGGGUUUCCAAGGCUAAGAAUCGCCAGCCCCAGAAGAGAAUUCUAGAACGAACCCAAUCCGAGGAAAUUUAUCGGCAGGUCGGCAGGUUGAAUCCUCGUUGUACUCGUUCGAAGGUGAUUCCUGUCGGCAACGAUGGCAAGGUGAUACCGAUCUGCAACCUCUGCUAUAACUCCGUGAUGAAGCGAUCAGAAGCCGCGCAGCCAGUGUCGGAGUUCAAUGCCCCGGGGAGCAGCAAUUGCCCUCGCGGAGAAGUCACCCAGAAUACUAAACCAAAAGUGACCAAGUAUGAUGUCGACUUGAGUGCCUAUGUGGAGGAGUGCCGCCCCGACUUGGAAUGGGCCUUUGUCGAGAUAUACAAUGAGCCAUCCGCAGACGCUCAGAUCGUUCCCAGCACAGCUGAAUCCAAUGUGCCAGCUCAGAACUCGAUUAUGGCCAAAAAUCAGGACUCAAUGAGCUGCCUUAGCCAAAAUAGUGACCCUGGCAUUCUCCCCUCAAAUGGGGAAAAUGGUGAUUCCAUGUGGAGUGCCAGUAGCGGACACUGGGCGAUCAGGGAUCAUGGAUACUGCAGGACAGAUUGGCAACCGGACAGCUUUUACGAGAGCACCAUGAAAGCGAUGAGGGAGUGGAAGCACCCAGAUUCAUACAACCCAAGCCCGGAGGAAGUGGAGCGCUUGCGUAAAAUCAAGGUGUGCUGCUUGCGUUUGAUGGAACAAUUAAUGCCUGGUCGGGCCGGUCGUGUCCAGGGUCAGGAGCAGCCACAAGCUGAACCCAUCGCCAGCACCAGUUCCGGCAAGCAGGCUGCCCUGAACGGUUGGAAGAGGGAAUACAUCGAUGAUGAUGACAGUGACACUGAGACAGCGUCGGAGGGCGAAGAUUUCAUGGAUUUCUAGGACGUAAAACCGGUGGCAUCGGCUGGCAAAAAAUCCGACUCGGACUCCGACACCGACUCACUAAUGAAAAGAAAGCAUUAUUUAGAGAAAUCUUUAUUGAAAUUGACAUUGGAAGAAUAUCUUACAAGUGGCAACAAUAA